GGUGCAAUCUUCCGAGAAUGCUGCCUCGUUUGAGAACCUCGGCCUCCUUUUAUGUAAACUUUUCACUUGCGAUGGUGGCUCUGUCGGUUCUUCGCUUGCUUCCAAAUUGCCUCCGUUUGAAGCGGUGCCGUCCAACAGACCUCCCAGUUCGUGUCAGGCGAUCGCUGAGAGCAGCUCACAAUAGUGCAUUUUCAUCUUGCUUCAAUUGUUUACAUCGUGAGCAAAUUGGUAUGUGAUGCCUUGUUUAUAUUUGUGACACUCAUACAUGCUCACUACGCG